AUGGGGCGGGGGGCGGGGAGGCUCAGGUCCCUGCAUACUGUGGCUGCCACCCCUCUCCUAAUCCCCACCACCCCCCAGCGGCAGGGGCAGGACCCCUCUCGGGCCUUCCCUGCUUCCAGCCUCCCCGGGAAGCUGGGGCUGGAAUUAUGUGGUGAUGAGUCACGGCCCCCUGGAGCCCUGCAGCUCCACCAGGACUGCGGGAGCAUCCGGACCCGGGCUCCCGGCUCAGAAGCCAUGACAGUCUCAGAGCAAGCUCUAGUCCAAUGGACUGCUGAACGGAGCUGCCCCUCUCGGAGGGAGGGCCUCUCCCGACCUGGAGCGAGACAAGCCAGGGACAGAGAUAAAAGCGGGCAGUCCGGGCCAGAGGGCAAGGAGGCUGCUGAGAGAGGCGCAGGCCGCAAAGUCCCCAGUGAUGCUUCCGGCUGGGGCCACGCCUCUCAUCGGGGACCACAGAGGCCUUCAACACUGGCCUAUGAGUCCCAGGAAGGCCCUGGGGAAUGA